AUGUCAGGGGGAAAUGGCAUCCCCGGGUACAAAUGGCGAUCUGCGAACUGGUUCAUCGUUUCUUGCAUUGCGAUUGCUCUAUUUUCAGAAAACUUCCUUUAUAGCUAUAUCGUCCCUAUCCUACAAGUGAUUCUGGAGCAAAGGCUUCACGUCGAUGCAUCAAAAACACAAGCCACCACAUCUCUCGUGCUCACCGUUCAUGCCUUGGUUUGCUUGGUUUCCGGCCCUUUAACGGGCUAUUUGGCGGAUAAAUGUUCAAAUCGACAAUUACCACUACUUGCGUCACUCGGCGCAGAAUUGGUCGGCACAAUAAUAAUCAUGGUAGCACCUUCAGUUCCGGUUCUUCUUAUCGGACGCGCAUUUCAAGCUAUUGGUGGAAAUGCAGUAUGGAUUGUUGGACUGGCCACUGUUGCCGAUACAGUGGGACAAGAAGAUACAGGCAAAGUACUUGGAGGAAUCUCAUCAUUCUUUGUUUCGGGUUUACUGUUUGGCCCGAUGGCUGCAGGAACUCUGCUCGAUUUGAUUGGAUAUUGGAUGACUUGGAUGGUACCUAUCGCUUUACUUGUCGUGGAUAUGAUUAUGCGACUUGUCAUGAUCGAGAACAAGAACGGCACAAAUGUUCCCAUGGAGCAAUUUCCAACAACAGAGAACUCACCAGGCGAAUACCGGGAUUCAGAAGAGAACUCACGAUCUGACGAGCGCACCGAUAUGAACGAGUAUCGCGAUUCGGCCGACGAUGAAUUAGAGGAUCAGUUUCGGCCAUAUUACGAUCAUCCGGAAGAAGAGAUAGGCUUUUACAGAGAUGAACAGUCAGCUCUUCAUAGCAGUCCAUCUUUGCAUCCUCCCAGCCGAUACGAAGUCGAGCCUCAGUCAUUACAUACAAGCGAUACGACGAGAUCCUUGCCGCGGUCCUCAAAUUUCUAUAAGAUGAUAUUAUCAGAUCCACGAGCUGUUGCAGCAUUGACAUGCAAUUUCACUCAGGGUGUCAUUUUGGUGAGCUUGGACACUACUUUACCUCUCCAUUGCAGUAAUGAAUUUGGUUGGACCCCUGCCAAAGUUAGUUUGAUGUUUCUGCUUCUUCAGAUUCCAUCAUUCAUACUUGCCACGCCGGCUGGAGCUCUCAAGGAUAAAGUUGGUACCAAGCUGCCCACCAGUGUUGGAUUCUUCUGCAUUGCAUUCUUCAUGUGGUUGUUAGGUACAGCAGGGACAGACGGACUCUCAUUUGUUGGAAGUGGGAGCAAAGGUCAAGCUACUUAUAUGGUAGCUGUGGUUGGUAUUGGAAUGGCGCGAACGAUGAUCAGUGGGUGUGGUACCAUUGAGAUUACCAAUUUGAUGAAAGAAUAUCAACGACAACAUGCUGGCCAGUUUGGUUCGAAUAAUUUUUCAUCUGGCUAUUCUAUGACGAAUUUCUGUUGGACUGCAGGAAUGCUUAUUGGGCCUAUUUUGUCAGGCUUUUUGACCCGAACAGUGGGUUAUUAUUAUAUGAAUCUCACCUGUGGUAUGUAUUCAUCUUAUUUUAGGUCUCCUUUG